AUGGCCAUAACCCAAACGAAGCUCUUUCUCUUCUCUCUCAUUGUUUCUUCCACCAUACUCACCACGAAAUCGGAACUCCUAAGUUCCAAGCGUGAGAAGCUCACUCGCUUUCGCCUGCACGUGCAGAACAUAAUCGCCGGGAGCAAUGCCACCGUUGCAACCGUAGCCCAAGCAUCGAUGACCAAUCAGUCUGCCACGUUAUUCGGUCAAGUAGCAGUUGUCGAUGAUGUGGUCACCGUGGACCCCGAGACAAGCUCGAAGAACAUGGGUAGGGUACAAGGCCUGGUGGCGUUCACAUCCCAGAGCGAGAUGGUCUUGUCGAUGUCCAUGACCUUCGUGUUCACGGAGGGAAAGUACAACGGGAGCGAUCUGACUGUCAUGGGGAGGAACUUGCUCUCGUUGAAGGUGAGGGAAAUGCCUAUCAUAGGCGGAACUGGUCUUUUCCGGUUGGCUCGGGGUUAUGUUCGGACCAGCACUUACUCAUCCGACCUGAAGAAAGGAUUGAUCGUUCUUGUGUACGAUUUCUAUGUGUACCAUUAUUGA